UCGUCAUCACCAUCAUCAUCAUCAUCAUCACGGUGAUAAACACGGAACGUAAAGACGGGGACCCCAAGUAUAAUACACUCACCAUCACGCAAAGCAGCCAGAUAGAAGAUAAGAGGUGUUGUUAGGGAGAGCAAGAGAGAAAGCAAAAAAAAAAAAAAAAGAAUCGGAGACAUAACGAUCAACCUGGCACUUGGAUCCUUAUUAACCCUCGGUAGCAUUGACCCGGAAGUCACACCAAAGCCUCGUUUUCAGUGCGGAUGUGAGGCGGAUGAAGUGAGGGAGACAGAUAAAAACAGAAACAGGGAACGACAUAAGUGAUAUAGAAAUAGAAGACAUGGACUAUGAAAGAGAAAGGAGUUAGAAAGUAAUGUGAGAGAGGCGGAAGCUGUUGCACGGCAGCACUACAGUAGCGCACCACCACCGUUACACUGGGUUAACUCCAUCCGACCAACGCAAGCCAUACAUACACACAAUAUAUAUAUAUAUAUAUAUAUUUCCGUCCACCCCAAUUUAGCUGCGGAAUUUUUUUUUUCUAGAAACAAAAUUAAUAAUAAUAAUUUUUGAUGGAAGAAUCGAGCAGCAGUGAACCGCCUAGAUGCCCUUGUGGAUUUUGGGGGUCUCCCAAAACCCUUGGGCUCUGCUCAAAGUGUUACAAGGAACACUUAGAAAAAAACAGAAGCAGAGCCUUACAGUCAGCUAAUUCAGUCAUGUCCAAAGAGACUGACCAAGUAAAAAACACUUCUCCAUCCUCUUCAUCACACAAAAUCUCAGAUGCCACAUUAGAAAAUUCUCAACUACAGGACCGACGAGGAGUAGCUGUAUCUCAUAUCGGUUCUGGAUCUGAUUCUAGCUUUAACAGUAACCAAGUUGUAGACACUACUUGUGAUGAUAGGUUAGAUGUGUCACAUUCAAAUAUUGCUUCAAGCAGUGGGACUGGUGAAACCAGUGUAAUUUUUCCAGAGCCUAUGGCACAGCAAAGGCCAGGUAAAAUCUUCUCUAAUUCUGUAACUAAAUGUGCUAACAAUGGGACACCCUUGUCAGAGACAUCAUUGAAUAACAGUGACAUUUGCAAUAAGAGUGCUAUAUUGGUAAUGAGUGACGAAAGUCACUCGACACUCAGGGAUAAGAACUCUUUGGGAAAAGACAUACUAAAUGAAUCAGCUGUUCCAGUUUCAAGCACAGCUUCGACAUCAUGCCGGGAGGAAAGUACUCAGUGCUCACCUGGAAACCUUAGUAACCAGCCUGUACCAACAUCCUGUCAGCAGCAACAACAGUCAACACCUGAAAAGAGUCAAGAAGAACAGAAAGGUGUAAAGAGAACCAUUGAUGAAAUGGAAGACAAACCAAUACAGAAGAACAAGAAAAGAUGUUAUCAAUGUAAAUGCAAAUUAGAAUUAGCACAACGUCAAAUUGGUCAGUGCCGCUGUGAUUAUGUCUUCUGUGCAGCACAUCGACUGCCAGAGCAGCACAACUGUAUUUUUGAUCACAAAGAAGAUGGCCGUCGAGAAGCUAGAGAAAAAAUGAUAAAGCCUGUUCGACAUUUAGGAACCUCAUUCAGAAGACUUGAUUCUGAUUCAUGAGACUAUUCCUAACCUUAUGCACUUUUCAGAUUUCAAUUUCAAUGAAAUUGGAAACAAAA